GGACAUUUUGAGUGGGCGGUCAUGCCUUUUGGCCUCACCAACGCCCCGGCGACGUUCCAGGCGGCGAUGACCAAUGAGUUCCGUGCAAUGUUGGACCGGUUCGUGCUGGUCUACUUAGACGAUAUUCUCGUCUACAGCCGGACAUUGGAGGAUCAUCUUGGACAUCUUCGACAAGUGUUGGAGACGCUCCGCCGUGCCAAGUACAAGGCCAACCGCGACAAGUGCGAAUUUGUCCAGCAAGAGUUGGAAUACUUGGGCCAUUUUGUUACACCGGAGGGCAUCAGUCCGCUAUCGGACAAGAUUCAGGCCGUCCAAGAGUGGUCGGAGCCUCGGAACGUCACGGAUGUCCGCUCGUUCCUCGGUCUUACCGGCUACUAUCAGCGCUUCAUCAAAGGCUACUCCAAGAUCGCGGCCCACUUGAACAAGCUUCAGUGCGAGGAUCGACCGUUUGACUUCGGAGAGGAGGCGCGAGGAUCAUUCUUCGCUCUCAAAGCCGCACUAUUGUCUGCGGAGGUCUUGCGCAUAUACGACCCGCUCGCGCCUACACGUGUCACUACGGAUGCGUCAGGCUAUGGCAUUGGUGCAGUCCUCGAGCAACAUGAUGGUGUGGACUGGCACCCGGUCGAGUACUUCAGCAAGAAAGUGCCCCUCGUGCAUUCCAUUGAUGAUGCACGCAAGAAGGAGCUCSUCGCCUUCGUCCACGCGCUCAAGCGGGAAGCGAUUGCCAUGGACAUCACCGGCCUGUUCCCCAAGCACAAGACCGGAGUGGAUGGGAUUCUCACAGUGGUCGACCGACUCACCAAGUUCGCCAUGUUUUUGCCUUGUCGCUAUCAUGCCAAGGCACCGGAGUUGGCCGAGGUUCUGUACGCCGCUUGGAUUCGCACCAAGGGUUACCCCAAGGAGAUCGUCUGCGACUGCGACACUCGGUUCAUGUCCGAUUUUUGGUUGGCGCUCAUCAAGCGAUGGGGCUCAUCUCUCAAGCCCAGUUCAGCUCGCCACCCUCAGACCGAUGGCCAGACGGAGAGGGCGCAUCAGACCGCACAGGUUCUCCUUCGCACUCUCAUGCGCCCCGACCAGAAAGACUGGGUUGAGCGACUGCCGGACGUUGAGUUGGCCUACAACUCUUCCAUCCACCCGGCUAUUGGGAUAUCGCCCUUCGAGUUCGAGCACGGCUCGCCGGUCACGUCACUGUUGGACACGAUUACUUCACGCACGGCCGAGACCGACGACCAUCUUCUUUUCUUGCGUCGGAUGCAAGAGCUUCUUGUCAAGGCACGCGACCAUAUGGCUAAGACGCAGCAGCGCAUGAGCCAACAGGCAAAUCGCCUGCGUCUUCCUUGCCCAUUCCGCAUCGGGGACCUCAUCUGGGUUUCAGCAGCGGAAUUCAGCCUUGAACAAGACGUCUCUCGCAAGCUCCUCCCGAAAUGGAUGGGGCCUUGGCCGAUCAUAGAGCCCGCUGGGGACGCACCCGAAGGACCCUCCUUCAUGAUUCAGGAGUACGUCCAGGGCGAGGAAAAGGCUUCCACCCAAAGAGGGGCGAGCAAUGGGUCUUCUGGCAUCAUGGAUCUGCCUCGUUUCUCAACCAAUUGCGUGAGAAGUUCCCGCGAGUCCCACUUCGGCUUAUCUCCCCAUAUUUCAACAACUGGAUGCUGACAGUUUAUUUCCAAAUCAGGAAGGAUCUAGAAGAUAUAGGCCUGGGAAGGCAAGUUUCUCCCAUUUUUAGCCUUUUCACAAAUUUUAAUUUUUUAGUUUUAACAUGAUUGUGUCCCAUAGGAUUUCAAAAAAAAAAAAAGUGGGAUUUGAAUUUUCAAUGGUCAAGACUCAAGACUCAAUAGAUUUGAAUUUUUAGCCAGAGUGUCCGGGACCGCCAGACGCAGGCCCGCAAGUUUGUCAUGCAUACUAUACGUAGUACUUUGACUGUUCUCACUGUGUAUGUUCUGUCAGGGUUGACUUCCCCCCAUGCUUCUCACCCCUGUAAUUUUCUGAGCCCCUUUGCUCUGCUGCCCUUGGUCACCAUUUCCGACUAAUUACGUU